GGCGAACCGGGGAACUGGUCAAAUGCAGCGGCCCGCGCGAGGGAUCCCGCCACCGCCGGGCCUCCCGCUUGCCCCGCCUGAGGGACCCCCGGGCCGGCCGCCUCCUUCCCCGCAGGUUCCCCUCAGGCCGAGGCCGGCCGCGCAUGCGCCCUCCUGCCCGUUCCUCCUGCAGCCGGGAUGGCGGCGUCGGCGCCUCCGGAGAGCCCGGCCGGGGCGGCGGCGGCGGGAAAGCGGCCUCUGUGGGAGCGGCUCCGCCAGGGGCGCCUGGCGUGCUGGUGGCGGAGCCUGCUGCGCGACUACGCCGAGGCCUGCCUGGAGGCGGCGCGGGAGGCGCGGCGGCGGCCGGGGCGCGCGGCGCUGUACGCGGGGCUGGCGGCGGGGCUGGCCGGGUGCGCGCGGCGCAGCCCCGGCGAGGCCUCCUUCGAGGCGGCGCUGCUGGAGGCCUCGGGCCGCCUGUUGCUCCUCUCGCCGCAGACGCGGAGCGGCGCGGCCGAGGCCCACGUGCGGCGGCUGCUGGGGCUGCGGGCGGAGGGGCGGCUGCGCGUGCGCGGGCUGCUCUUCGCCGCGCUGGUCUACGAGGCGCCCUGCGACGCCGAGGCCGCGCUCUACCGCGCGCGCUGCCGCCACCUGGCGCCCGCCUGGGCCGAGCUGCCGGGCCGCCUGCUGGACGUGGGCUUCUGGGGCCGCUGGUGGGGGCUGCGCGCCCGCAUGCGCGACUGCGACGUCAACGCCGAGGAGUUCCGCGCCCUCCCGCCGCGCCUGCGCAACGUCGACUUCCACCACCUGCACUCGGCCCGCAACGAGCGCCUCUUCGAGCAGAAGUACCGGCCCGUCGAGCUGGGCCCGGAGCACCUCGGCCCGGAGGAGGGCCGGCCCUGACGGAGGCCUCCCGCCCGCCCCAGGACCGUUUCUCCCGCCGCAGCUGAAUAACGAACCGGCCUCCCCUCACAAAAUGGACUCCCAAAUUGUGCUUGUCCCCGAGGAGGGCUCGAGCUCCGUAUCUGCCUUUCCUCGACAUACUGUUACCCACCACUGAGUAUUGCCUCCAAAUAUUGACACGCACCACAGGCAAACAUCUCCAGGCAAAUAAAAAUGCGUGUUGGGAAGGUG